AUAAAUAAUAUUUUAAAUCACCGUCAAUAAGAAAAUCUCAAGCAAAAACAUUUGAAAAUUUCUUCUGGCCCAGCAAAAUUGUGUACUUACGAACAUUUCCGGCACGAGUAAAAAUUCUCCAUACAUACAUAUAAUGUCACAAAUUCGCCCACUGGCACCCGAGCUGGCUGCGGUCGCGCGCACCGAACUCAAUGAAGUCGAAACAGAUAUUGCCAGCAAAAUUAUAGAGCUGCGUCGGUGGAUUGAAGAACAGCCAUAUUUGACGGCGCGGACCGAUGAUCAAUUCCUUGUGGGCUUCCUGCGUUUCUGCAAAUACAAUAUGGAUGACGCGAAGAAACGUAUCGACUACUAUUACACGUACAAAACAACAGCUGGCGAUUUACUUAAGUCUCGACGCAUUGACGAUAAAGUAUUUGGCAUUUGUCGUGCGGGCAUAUUCGCCACACUACCGAAACCAGUGGGUCCAGGCGGUCCGCGCAUACAUUUCACACGUAUGGGUCAAAUUGAUACCUCCCUCUAUACGGCCAAAGAUAUCUUCCGUUUCAUAAUGUUUCGUUCUGAAAUUGAGGCCAACACCGAUGAUAAUUGGAUUAUUAGUGGUGUGCUUGAAAUAAUCGAUUUUUCGAAAAUUCCGUAUGCAUUAUUGCGUCAAUUCGAAGCGAAUUUAUUCAAAAAGAUGGCCGCAUUCUUAGAAUAUGGCGUACCCACCAAUCUGGUGGGCACACACAUCGUAAAUGCUUCCAUGGAUGCCCAAAUCAUAUUGAAUUUGGUGCGUCUGGUUAUGAAACAAAGAGAAUUGCUCCACAUACACUCUACGCUGGAGUCACUGCAGAAGGCCAUUGGCAAGGAGUAUCUGCCCGUCGAAUAUGGUGGUAAUAAUGGCACCUACGAAGAAGCCAUGGCAAAUUUCGAACAACAGCUCAACGAUUUUAGCAAUUAUUUCGAUGAGGAUGAAAAGUAUGGCGUCGAUGAGACAUUGCGACAAAUUGAGCCAACAGUUGGUACGGCUGCUAAUAAGACGCCGCCCACACCAGUCUCGCCGCCAUCGCCUAAAUGUGUGAGUGUACCUGAAGAGUCUUUUCGUAAAUUAAAUAUUGAUUAAAUGAAAGCAAAAGUUAUAAAACGAAACAAAUUAACUAAUACAAGUACAUUAUAAAAAUAUAUAAAAAAAAAUAAACAUUAAAAAAGCGAAAGUAUAAAUAUAAAACACAAUGUGAAAUAAUCCAGAAGAAAAUUAUUUAAGCUGCAUGAACAGCAACGKAUAUAACUUUGCAGCAUUUUGCGUUUUUUGUGCGUUAGUUAAAAAGUGCAAACGAAAAACAAAAACAAAAGUAUAUACUAAAAUUGAACAAACUAAAAAACAACAGUUCGUAAAAAAUUUACUGCGUAAAUAGUAAAAACAAAAACAAAAUGUUUUAAACGAGAAUAUGCAAUUUAUUUAGCGGCGUGUCAUAUUUAUAACUAAGUUUUCAUACACGAAGGCAACAAACAACAUAACGGCACAGCCAACACAAGCGAUAAGUUAACAGUAAAGAAUAUGAAAGUAACGGUAUAUAGAGCUAAAAGCAACGGAACAAAUGCAACUAUUUACUUGAAUGUUGGCGUCGUAUUCACAUAAAAGUUGUAGUAUAUAGUAUAUACAUAUAUAAAGAAAUAUGUAUACUAUAUAUGCAUACAUAAUACAUAGAGAGAGCUAUAUAAUAUACACUGCAUAUAUAAAAAUAUAAAGUAAUUUUUAAAAGCUUCAUUUAUAUUAAAACAAAGUUAUUUUUGGGAAAGAUUUUUCAUGGAUGUAUAUAUUUAAAAGCGAAGCUUUAUAUGUAUAUGGUGUAUGUUUUUUGGAAAUGGUAAAUAACGAGAGAAAUUAAAAAAUUUGAACAAAACGAAACUAUAUUAAUACAAAUACAGAUAACAGACACAUAUUAUAUACACAACAAAAAAAAAACAGAAAUGUGAAAGUGUACAUUGUAAAUCACUCAUUUUAGAUAUAUAGUUAUUAUAUACAUAUAUAUAUUGUGGUGUGUUUAUCAUUACCAUUUUAAGUAAAACUAAAAAAAAAACUAAUUAACAGUUUAAAUAUUAAUUGUAUGCAAAUACGCGAUUCCAUUUUUUGUGUGAAAAUUGUCUUAAACCACUAGGCAUUUAAUUGUUAAACGUGUUCGAAAUAUUGACUAUAUAUAAACUUACAAAA